GCUCGCACUUGCCACUCCUCAUCAUCCAUCUCCAAGCGCGCGUGUCUUGAUUCGUGUACCUCUGCACCGUCGCUACCAGCCAUGGCGUCGCCGUUCUCCGUGCCUUCCCUGAUCAUGGAGGAGGAAGGGAGGUUCGAGGCGGAGGUAGCGGAGGUGGAGUCGUGGUGGGGCACGGAGCGGUUCCGUCUGACCAAGCGCCCCUACGCCGCCCGCGACGUCGUCCUCCUCCGCGGCACGCUCCGGCAGAGCUACGCCUCGGGGGAGAUGGCCAAGAAGCUGUGGCGCACGCUCAGGGCGCACCAGGCCGCCGGCACCGCGUCCCGCACCUUCGGCGCGCUGGACCCCGUCCAGGUGACCAUGAUGGCCAAGCACCUCGACACCAUCUACGUCUCCGGGUGGCAGUGCUCCUCCACGCACACCUCCACCAACGAGCCCGGCCCGGACCUCGCCGACUACCCCUACGACACCGUGCCCAACAAGGUGGAGCACCUCUUCUUCGCGCAGCUCUACCACGACCGCAAGCAGCGGGAGGCGCGCAUGUCGCUGCCCCGCGCCGAGCGGGCGCGCGCUCCCUACGUCGACUUCCUCAAGCCCAUCAUCGCCGACGGAGACACCGGCUUCGGCGGCGCCACCGCCACCGUCAAGCUCUGCAAGCUCUUCGUCGAGCGCGGGGCCGCCGGGGUCCACCUCGAGGACCAGUCGUCCGUCACCAAGAAGUGCGGCCACAUGGCCGGGAAGGUGCUCGUCGCGGUGUCCGAGCACGUCAACCGCCUCGUCGCCGCGCGGCUCCAGUUCGACGUCAUGGGCGUCGAGACCGUCCUCGUCGCGCGCUCCGACGCCGUCGCCGCCACGCUCAUCCAGACCAACGUCGACGCGCGGGACCACCAGUUCAUCCUCGGCGCCACCAACCCGGGCCUCAGGGGACGGAGCCUCGCCGCCGUUCUCUCCGACGGCAUGGCGGCCGGCAAGACCGGCCGGGAGCUCCAGGCCAUCGAGGACGAGUGGCUGGCCGCGGCGCAGCUCAAGACCUUCUCCGACUGCGUCAGGGACGCCAUCGCGGGGCUGAACGCCACCGAACAGGAGAAGCAGCGAAAGCUCCAGGAGUGGGACGCCGCCACCAGCUACGAUAGGUGCGUGUCCAACGAGCAGGCGCGCGACGUCGCGGCGCGCCUCGGCGUCGCGUCCGUGUUCUGGGACUGGGACCUUCCCCGGACCAGGGAAGGGUUCUACCGCUUCCGGGGCUCCGUGGCGGCGGCCGUGGUCCGUGGCCGCGCCUUCGCGCCGCACGCCGACGUGCUCUGGAUGGAGACGUCGAGCCCCAACGUGGCCGAGUGCACGGCCUUCGCGGAGGGCGUCAAGGCGGCGUGCCCCGAGGUCAUGCUGGCAUACAACCUCUCGCCGUCCUUCAACUGGGACGCGUCCGGGAUGACGGACGGCGAGAUGUCGGCGUUCAUCCCGCGCGUCGCGCGGCUCGGCUACGUCUGGCAGUUCAUCACGCUCGCCGGGUUCCACGCCGACGCGCUCAUCACCGACACGUUCGCCCGGGACUUCGCGCGGCGGGGCAUGCUGGCCUACGUGGAGAGGAUCCAGAGGGAGGAGAGGAUCAACGGGGUGGAGACGCUGGAGCACCAGAAGUGGUCGGGCGCCAACUUCUACGACAGGGUGCUCAAGACCGUGCAGGGUGGCAUAUCCUCCACCGCCGCCAUGGGCAAAGGAGUUACUGAGGAUCAGUUCAAGGACUCGUAUCCUGCAUCUGGAAAUGGUGGUAGUAGCCUUCAAGUUGUUGCCAAAUCCAGGAUUUGAUGAGGAUUGAGAGAGGACGAAGGCUCUAAUAAAAUAAAUGAAAAUAAUAAAAUGGCCUCAGAUCAUCAGCUAUACGGGAAGAUGCUCUUUACAGUACAAAUUGCAUUGUGAUGGGCGUGCACGAAUCAAUCAAUCGCCUAGCUGCAUGUAUAUGAAUCGAGGAGUUGCAUGAGUGUAUGCCUACUGGAACAAUCCGUUGGGUUGAAAGUAUUAUUAGGUCAACCUUUACGAUUAUUUAUCAAUUGAAAUUGAAUAAAUCAUUUGAUUUACA